UUGUUUUGGUUCCCAGCUGAUCUGAAGCCAAGAUCAGGAUUAAGACAGCAAUGGUUAACUGCUGACUUACCCAACCGAGGCUGACCUUAGUGCUGACCUUAUUUGUGACCCUACCAUGCUGACCAGGCUGACCCGCGCCCUGACCUCCCCCUCUGUGAGGGAAGGGGUGAGGGGCCUACACAGAACAGCCCCCACUGCCAGCGACUCACUCUUUGUGCACCGGGACACAGUACAGAACAAUCCGGACACAGCGUUUGAGUUUACACCAGAGAACAAGAAGCGUGCAGAGGCCAUCAUCUCAAUCUACCCUGAUGGCCACAAGAAGGCUGCGGUCAUCCCAUUACUUGACCUGGCCCAGCGGCAGGUCGGAAACUGGCUCCCCAUCACGGCCAUGCACGCUGUGGCCAAGAUGCUCGACAUGCCCAGAAUGAGAGUGUAUGAGGUGGCCACAUUCUACACCAUGUAUAUGAGGAAUCCAGUUGGCAAGUACCACAUCCAGGUGUGCACCACGACCCCCUGCUGGCUGCGGGGGUCGGACCAGGUCAUGGCGGUGAUCAAGGACAAACUGGGCCUUACUCCCGGCCACUCCACCAAGGACGGACUCUUCACUCUCUCGGAAGUAGAGUGUCUUGGUGCCUGUGUCAACGCGCCCAUGAUGCAGAUUAAUGAUGAUUAUUAUGAAGACCUCGCUGAGUCUGACGUAGUGGAGAUCCUGGACACCCUGACGGCCGGCAAGAAACCCAAGGCCGGCCCUCGCAAUGGCCGGUUCGCUGCUGAGCCGGCAGGGGGACUCACCAGCCUCACCACCCCACCCCCCGGCCCAGGCUUCAGGGUACGCGACGACCUUUAAUGACCCAGCUUGACCCGUCCGGAGGUGAGGUGAGGGCGGCAGUGACCCGGGAUGGCACCAGUGUACAUACAACAGAAAACGGUGACCUGACCUCCCCUGCGUCCCGUUUUCUAUGCGUUUGGUGGAUUAUUGGGGGAAAAAAUGUAAUAAUGUAAUUUUGUGUAAUAAAUGGAGUUGUAAUUCA